GUCACGUGACUCAGUAGAGACAUUGCGCAAUCAUUUAAGACAUUUCAAUAUUUUCCGUUUACACUGUCAGCAAAAAAACAUAGAAUGUUCUUUUUUUGAGUAAUAUCUAUUAAUAUUGCAAGUCAUAUGUAUAAAUACUGGAAUCAGUUUCGACUUAAAGGCAAAAGCUUUGCGUCUGUUUGGAAUAUCGGUCUUCUAUUUACAAUCGGCUGGAAUUACAGUCAUGGCAGGAUCAGAAUGUCUUUUCCAUGACGACAGGACCCUGUUUGGCGAGGUACAGCGUGAUCUUCAGAAGGCAAAAUGGUUGCCAAGGAAACACGCACACAGAUUGGGAAUGGCCGUGUGCAGUUGCAGAAAAAGGAAAGGCCAGUUGCCGUCAGCAGAAGUUGUUGCUGAAAUAAAGACGCAAGGAACUGAUGUCUUGAACUUGUUGGCAGAGGAUAAGUCAAAGUUUUUACCAUCCACAUAUUCCUUUUUGGUGGACUGUAUCAACACUGCAAGGGAAAACAAUUUUAGUAAAUUUAAGAUAUUGACUGUUUUGGUGCACGCAAAAGAGAAUGACUUUUCUCUCAUAUCCAGAGAAGCUCUUUGCGUGAAUCACCCAGUGUCCGAACGAGACAUUCAAAAAGAACAAAACAGAAAUAAGAAACUUACUGCUCACCAAAUUGAAAUUAUCCGAGCUAAGAAAGCGAAGAAAAUGAAGAAAGAUUUCCAGCCAGUUUUGGUUAACAUGCCAAUUUUCCCAAGAAAUUUUAAAAGACUUGAGGACGAUCUUGGUGAAAAGUUCUUCCAGUUUGUAUCCAAGCACAAAGUGUAUGUGGAGUUUGACAAUGCAUUUAAUGACAGCAGUAUUGCAGAAAAUAGCGAAAGCAUGCAUGUAAAUUUGUAUGGACCUCCGGAGACUGUUAAAAUGCUGUCAAGAAAGCUUGUCCAGUCUGCAGGAAUUGCUCAACAGGCCAUGAAUGACAGCCAUGAGGAGAGACGGGCACGCAAGCUAGUCAGGCUGUAUCAAAAAGCAGUGGCCGAUGAUGCACAGCAGUGGAGCAAUGACAUCUUAGAUCAUGUAAAAGAACGGAUGGAAGAUGAUUUUGCUUUGAAGGUCUGGAAAUCCUCAAAAGACAGUCAUGGAAAGUCAAAGAGAUCAACAGUUAAGGCCCCAACAUCGGUGUUAGAUGGCGGAAAAUGUCUUCAGUGCCAAAAACCGUUUUCAAGUCUAAAAGACAAGACAACAUGCAAGUACCAUGCAGGUUAUAUGACCUACGACGGGAGCAGGGGAUGUCAUUUCUGGAGCUGUUGUGACAUGGCAACCAGUAUGGACGACAGCAUGUUUGAUAACCAUCAUACUACUGGAUGCUGUGAAUCGGUUGCCCACAACUGGCGGACCCAUGCCAAGGCUAAUGGCAAGGACAAAGAUGACAUCACGUUGCCCAAGUUCUAUAAGUGCAUGUGAACUGUAUGAACUAGGUAAACGUUAUAACAGGCUUCAGACUAUAACAUGCAAUACAUAACAAUUGUGGAAUCUCAGCAGGACUAGAAUGAACAUAUAUUAUCUUGUUACCCAUGUUUAUUUGUUCUGUUAACUAUUUUGUUGCAUUUAUUUUCUGUAUUAGUGGAGUUAUGAGACAAAGACAAAAGUGAAAUGUAGGGGCAACUGUGUCUACUGACCCAUGCUUAGUUUCCAAUAUUUUCGUACGAACUCAUAUUCUGUUUUCUGUUCUCAAUGUGAACAAAUAAAUGGAAAAAUCAGAUCAAACGAUGACUAUCACUAAUCAAGCUGAAGUUUUUAUUUUAAGACUUAAAAACAGCAGUUUAAAUUUGAUGCAUGCUGCCUUUUGCUCCAUAUUUAUAAAAUGGAAAUGUGCUGACAAUGUUGGAUAUAACCAGGAAUUAAUUUGGAAUGUACAACUACAAACGACAGAGGAAUGCAGAAUUUAAAGUCAUUUUAAUGACUAAACUUAAAAAUAAUAGAUUUACAGUCCCAAUAAAACUAUACCGUUCAGUCUGAAGUUAAAGAUUUUAAGAUUAAAAAAAAUGGUGUAUUUACUGCAGUUUUUAUUAUAAAUAUUUUUAGUAGCAUAUCAUUUUUUAUUCAAAAUAUUAUAAUAUAUAUAUGGAUAUAGAAGUUUAUUUACAAAUGUCAACUAUAACAAAUCUAUACAUCAUAGAUGCUUGUCAUUUUAUUAUUUUCUAUUCAUUUGUUGUUGUUUUUUUAGAUUUUUUAUUGCAUAAACAGUUUUUAUAUUAUAUUUCUCUGUUCAUGAAUGUAUUUUAAUUCACAAAUCUAUUUAAGUACUUGUUUUUAUUUGAAUAAAAAUGUUUUCAUUUCAGUCAGUAUGCAUGAAAAUCCUUGUAUUGUCCUGUUUUGUUUUUUUCAAUUUUGAAAAACAACUGUGUAAUAUUUGGCACAUAAUUAUUGUUUUUAUUCAUGUGUGUAUUGUUGCUGAUAUAAAAAAUAUUUAAAAAAACAAUAUUUGUCUUUGUUAUCUUGUUUAAUAUAAAUUACACAAUAAAUGCAGAAAUAUA